AUGACUCUCGUAGAUGCGUGUAAUGAGAUAGGACUUAAUGUGGGGAUGAUAUCCACAACUAGGACUCUUUUGGGGAAUGAAGAUAAUUCUCUACUAAGGAUGAAAGAAGAUCUUUUGGGUGACUCGAUAACAAUCACGUUAGGUGGUGAUAACAAUCACGUUGUGUCCAUCAAGAGAUGGGAUUCACUAUUGAAGAAUCCACGGAAGGACGAAUCUCCUUUGGACUUCCCCAUUUCUUAUGGUAGCCAAGCUAUUGUGGAAGAUGAAGAUGAAGAUGAAGAUGAAGAUGAAGAGAGAUCUGAGGAUGAAUCGGAAGAAGAGUCUUCUAAGGAUGAAUCCGAAAAGCAAAAGGGUGUCCAAAGAAUUAUUCAUAUCGAGAAUCCUAAUAUGGUGAAGCCUAAAACAGUUAAAGUUAGAAACAUCGAUACUGAGAAGACAACUAAACUCUCCAGGCGCAAAAGAGAAGAAAUAGAGAAACAUAAAGCCCAUAAAAGGUAUAUGUAGUUGCAAGAAUAAGGAAACAACGAUCAAGCAAAGAAGGAUUUAGAACAGCUAAAUUUGUUGAGUAAACUAUUAACCCUAUAA